AUGGCGCUGUACGCGGCGGCGGCGGCCGUGCUGGCCGGCGUGGAGAGUCGCCAGGGCUCUCUCAAGGGGCUGGUGUACGGCAGCAGCUUCCAGAACGUGAAGCAGCUGUACGCGCUGGUGUGCGAGACGCAGGGCUACUCCACUGUGGCGUUCCAAGAUAUUCAUGCUCAAGGUUUUCUGUCUUCCUUUCCCCAUCCCCAGGUGCUAGUAUAUGAGUUAUUGCUGGGAAGAGGCUUUAAAGGGCGCGGGGGCCGAUGGAAGCCUCUGCUGGACCGGCACCAGGCAAGGCUGAAGGCCGAGUUGGCCCGGCUCAAGGUUCGCCGAGGUGUGAGCCAGAACGAGGACCUGUUGGAAGGGGGAUCCAAACCUGGCCCAGCCUCCCAGGUGCCUCGAUUUGUGCGAGUGAACACUCUGAAGACCUGCUCUGAGGAUGCAGUUGAUUAUUUUAAGAGACAAGGAUUCUCCUACCAGGGUCAGGCUUCCAGCCUCGAGGACAUAAGGGCCCUCAAAGGGAAGCGUUUUCUUCUGGAUUCCUUGUUGCCGGAGUUGCUCGUGUUUCCUGCCCGAACAGAUCUGCAUGAACAUCCACUGUACCAAGCUGGUCACCUCAUCCUACAAGACAAGGCGAGCUGUCUCCCGGCCAUGCUGCUAGCUCCACCUCCAGGUUCCCAUGUCAUCGACGCAUGUGCUGCCCCAGGCAAUAAGACCAGUCACUUGGCUGCCCUUCUGAAGAACCAAGGGAAGAUCUUUGCCUUUGACCUGGAUGCCAAGCGGCUGGCUUCUACGGCUACCCUGCUGGCCCGGGCUGGGGUUUCUUGCUGCGAGCUGGCUGAGCAGGACUUCCUGGAGGUCUCGCCCUCAGACCAGCGUUAUCGUCAGGUCCAGUACAUCUUGCUGGAUCCUUCUUGUAGUGGCUCUGGGAUGCUGACCAGACAGCUGGAGGAGCCCGGCACCAGCGUACCGAGCCAGGAGCGCCUGCGAGCACUGGCCGCCUUCCAGCAGCGGGCGCUGAGCCACGCGCUCACGUUCCCCGCCCUGCGGCGCCUCGUCUACUCCACGUGCUCCCUCUACCAGGAGGAGAACGAAGACGUGGUGCGAGCCGCCCUGCAGCAGAGCCCAGCAGCCUUCAGGCUGGCUCCUAUCCUCCCCUCCUGGCCGCACCGAGGCCUUGGCACUUUUCCAGGUGCUGAGCACUGCCUCCGGGCCUCCCCUGAGACCACGCUCACUGGCGGCUUCUUCACUGCUGUACUUGAACGGGUAGAGGUGCCAAGCUCCGUCUCACAGGCUGAAGCAUCAGCCCCAGAAGUUACACCCAACCCAGCCCCAAAGAGAAAGAAGAAGAGGCGGCGAAAAGCAACAGCUGCCCCCAGCUCACAGCCUGGCAUGUAG